AUGGAAUUUGAGAAGGUGAUAGUGAAUGGCGAAAAGAAAGCUCAAUGUGUGCAUUGCAACCGACAUUACUCUGCCAAAGGUAAAAAUGGCACCUCCCAUCUCAAAUAUCAUAUUGAACUAAGGUGCACUAGAAAGUAUAGUACACAAGUUGAUUUGCGCCAAAAACUCUUGUCUAUUAAUCGUAAACAAAAUUCAACAUCACAACUUGAGAACCAUGUGUUUUCUCAAGAGGUAUCACGAAAGGAGCUUGCUAACAUGGUUAUUCUUCAUGAAUAUCCACUGUCCAUUGUUGACCAUAUUGGGUUUCGAAGAUUCAUCAAUAGCUUGAAUCCAAGCUUUAAGAUAACUAGCCGUAAUACCUUGAAAAACGACAUCAUGAAGAUGUUUGGAAGUGAGAAAGCAAGUUUGAAGAAGCUCUUUGAUGAUCAUGUUGGAAGAGUGGCAAUUACUAGUGAUAUGUGGACAGCUUCAAAUCAGAAAAAAAGGAUACAUGCUGAGAAAGUUUCUUCUGUGGUUCUUGACAAUUGUUCGACAAAUGAUGCGAUGAUUGAUGUUUUACAAGAGAAAUUUGAUCCUGAUAGUUUGUUGUUGGAUGCCACUCCUAGUAGAGUUCAAAAGUUUGAGGAUAAGGCUAGAGCCUCGAAAAUUGAUUGUUCUAGAAAGUUGCAACUUGAUUGUAAAACUAGGUGGAAUAGCACCUAUUUGAUGCUUGUUAGUGCUAUGCCAUAUAGGAAUGUCUUUGGUAACUUGAAAACUCAAAACCCCAGGCUUAAGUUCAGUGUUCCUACUCCACGUGAUUGGGAGUUGGCGGAAAUAAUAUGUAAUAAGUUAAAGAGGUUUCACAAAAUCACUGAGUUGUUCUCUGGUAGGAAAUAUCCUACUGCCAAUCUGUUUUUUCGGCAAGUAUGUGAGAUCAAAAUGGCAUUAAAAAAGUGGAAAAGAAAGUGA